UCUGUCCAGCCCUCUGUGGAUUAACCUCACACCAAACUACAGCUUGGUCACAUAUCAGAGAGAGAGACAGAGAGAGAGAGACAGAGAGAGAGAGACAGAGAGAGAGGUAAAAGACAAAAGACAGACAGAGAGGUGAAGAUCUGACUGCUGGUUCAGAAGAAGAGAUGUGGACUGUGUGGACUGUGUGGAUGGUGUGGAUGGUGUGUUUGGUUCCGACCACAUCGGAGGCCCUGUGUACAGAAGAUGAUGGCUAUAAAGUGAGGCUCAGUAUUAAGACAGCGCUGGGAGGUGACGCUUACGAGUGGAACGAGAGCGAGAUGUUUUUCUUCAAAGCAACGCUCGCCUUCGCCAUGCGGACCUACAGUGGCGGAGAACAAUACGAUGUUUCCAACAUCCUGGUCUGUGACGAGACUUUGAGGGUGUCGUUUGUGUUCGUGGUGACAAAACCAAGCAACACCUCCGAGCUGGUGCCUAGAACCGAGGUGGAGAACGCCAUCAAGAAGUCCAGGCACCGUAUAAACAGUGCCUUCCUGCUGACUGACCAGACGCUGGACUUUGUGGGAAUUAACCCCACCCUCGCGGCCCCCAUCCAGUAUGACACUCCGCCGUGGCUCAUCGCCUUCGGGGUGGUGAUGGGGCUGGUGUGCGCCGGCAUCGUAGCUCUACUGGUCUCCACAUUCCUCAACAAGAAACGAUCUAAGAAGUCUGCGGAUGAGGAGGAGGCAGGAAGAGGAAACGGAAUCCUGUGUGAAAGUAUCAGGGGGAAAGACGGACUCUUCAACCAAGGAUUGGUCGAUGAUGACCGCCUGACAAAGCUGUAAAGUUUAUUAUGGUGGAAGUUGACAAGACAUCGUCACUGACCCAAACCGAGGCAAAGCUAACACUCCGUCAGCGUCCUGUGAAAACCUCAUAGCUCGUAUAUGUUAAUAGUGCAAAAAGAUUCUGUAUAUCUAUAAUAAAAGACUUCCCACUCCUCUCCAGAUAAAAAAGCCGGCCUGCAUUACCUGUUAUGUAACUUUAAUGGACUUUUAUGUAACUUUAACCUGAUCUCCAUUAUUAAUCGGAACGUUUCGCCCGCGUGGUCGUGGCUGCCGCGCUAGUCGGUAUGUGCAGACGCAGCAGCGUGGCUUAAUGAACAUUCAGGAGGAAUCAAUUAUUCAUGAGGAACACCAGCAACAGCUCCAUGGUGAGAGAUUAAAGCUUUUUUGCGAUGAUCAGAGAGAACUUUUAACCGUCUGUCAGAGGCAGAAACGCAGGAAAGCGCUAAUGUCACUUUUCAGCCCCAUAAGUGCCGUUUUACAGCACUCAAAACUCCAUAUUAUAAUAAUUUCUCAGAAUUGAGCUCUCCAGUCUUCGUCUGAAUUAUUUACACACGCUCAUGUCGCUGGUUUUAUAGAGAGGUGGGUAAAAAACCGGCUCCGUUUAUUCAGUCAAGUUUUGAUUUGCGCUUUUUUGGGAGAUUUUUCAAAGAUAAUACUUUGGCUAAUAUUUAUGAGUCGUCUACUUUUCCCUGAGCUCCACUUCAGUUCACUUUUGGUUAUUCGGCUUGAUUCUCUCUCUGGUGUUUACUUACGUUCUGUAAUUCCAGCUGUUAGAGUCAUGGCUUCAUAUGCCACAGGCAGAAAUUUUGGUCCAUCAAUUUUUCAGAUUUUUGGACUUUUUUGCCUUCUUUUCAGCUGCAGUCAUAAAAAUGUAAAAAGAAGGUUUAUUGCAGCACACUUUGUCAAUUCAUGUCCGUUUGUGUAGAACAGUAUUUUCUAAAUAUUAGCAUCUUUAAUGAGGCUUAGCUCCGCCCACACGCAUCACAAACACAUCAUAUAUUUCUCUAAAGAAUCUAAAUAAAAUAUCCAAAUAAAAAUUUCCGUUAUAUUAAAGAAAACGUAUCGCUGAACAAAACUUCAUAUCUUCAUUCUUUUGUCAUUUUUCAUUUUUUGACAUAAUCUGAAAAUGCCUGUGGUUUUUUACAUUGUUUGUAAAUUUCAUGAUGAAUGGGCCAAAAGAAACGGCCCAAAAUGACUUGUAAAAAAUUCGGGUUCCAUUGACUUACAUUAAAAGUAAAGUCGUUUUUUCCUUCUCCUGUAAAGUUACCAUGUUGGAGAUACGAGGUUUUGUUCUGACAGCAGCAGUAUGUUCAUUCCCAACUCUAUUCUGAAUAUUAUUACAGAUAUUAUUCCCUAAGACAUUAAUUGUGGCUGAAUUUAUGAUUUUGUACUACCUAAAAAAAAACAUUUCAUGACAUCAGUGAAGUGUUUUCUUAAUUAAACAGUAAAACAAUACAUUUUAAUAAUCUGUCUGAAAAAUUUUCCCUGUAAAGUGUCUUCACAGUGGACAACACAUUUUAGUAUCAUAUUCAAAGGCUAAAUUCUUCAGUUUUAAAAACAUGCAAAUGUAUGCAUAUUUAAGUAGAUACCAUCUCAUUUGCAUAUCUAAAUGUUUUUUUUUUUUUGCCAAACUUUAACUAGGAAAGGAGUCUAGGAGACUAAAACUGGCAAAAGUUCAUUGUUACAUCUAAAGUAUUGACCCUAAUUCACUUGUAGUGUCGCUCCUGAAACUUUGCACCAUGGAAAACCAAAAUUUUGCCACUUUGUGUUUAAAUGAAAGAGCCUGUAAGUUUUGUUAAAGUUGUUCUCACGAUCAUCCUGCUAUUCAGCCUCCAUCAGUUUAGCCCCGCCCACUCGCACAGAAGUUAUAAGCAGCGUUUGAGCCUGACUGCUUUUUAAAUGAGGCAAUCGGAAAAAAGAUCAUUUGCAUAUUUUUUUCUUAAAGGCACAGAAACAAAAGCAGCAUGUUUAAGAUCAAAAGAGGUCACAUUAAAAUGAAUUCUGACUGUUUUUGGUUUAUAAAACUGCAGAGAUGUUCGACGUGAAUCUCAGGGAGAGAAAUAAAAUGGAAAUUUUUGAAUGUGGAAAAAUUAAAGUCUUUAAUUCAAGCCUUUCAAAGUUUCUACUCUUUUCUGUGGUCAGCAGAUAUUUCAGUGUUGCAGUCAAUAACUUUCAAAGAACUUCUAUAACAUCUUGACCAUCAAACCCCACUUAAAGACACCCUUCCUCAGUCCUGUCAAUCAUCCUGCUGUCGUUUAGUUGAAUGGUGUUAUUUUGCUCUAUCUUCCCUGCAUUGUGUGUUAUUUGUCCCUCAUAGGUGUGUUUUCUUUUCUUUUCUGCUGAAUGGUGGUCUUAUUAUUGCUUUAUCCUAAUUCCUGCUGUAAUAUCCAAUGUCCUGCCCCUCCACAUGUUCUGUUGUUGAUCUGUAAAGUGACUUUGAGACACUAUAUUAAUAAAACCUCGGGUUGUUUUUCAGAAGCUUA